GCAUCGAGUGAAGCGCAGCAGUAUAGGGCUCCGGACAGAAUACAUGAAACGCACAUAAGGUUCCGGGGUAUAACCGUUCCAGCUUACAGCGACGGAAGUAAACGGUGCACCGUCACGUGUCUUCUACUUUUUAGCUAUGGACAUAUUCGGAUACAGGACUAGCACUUGUCGAAAAACUUUGUGCAUAUGUGGGUAUAUAUUUUCUCUUGGAUUUCUAUGGCUUAUAUUCUACUGGAAGCCAGAAUGGCAUGUAUGGGCCAACUGCAUCCCAUGUUCCUUGAGAGAGGCUGAUGUUGUGUUACUUCGAUCCACAGAUGCGUUUAAAGAACAUACAUGGAAGAAAGUACUCUCACUUCAACUAUCUGACUAUGAAUACAAGUCGUUUAAUGCACUAACACAUGAUGUGGAUUCAGUCAUUUAUAAAGCAGUGAUUAAACCUGAACUGCAGGUCCGAUACAUUCAAGUUCAGAAAAUCCGUUACAUAUGGGAUGACUAUAGGAAACAGUUUACCAAGUCUGGAAUCUUGGAAGAAGAUUACACAUGUGUAGCUAUGCACAAUAAUUUUGGGGAUGGUUUUCCAAAAGAGGAGCAGGAUGUCAGGAGGCUUAUCUGUGGGCCCAACAUAAUAGAUGUUGGAAUUGUUCCAAUAUGGAAAUUGCUAUUUAAAGAGGUGCUGAGUCCUUUCUAUGUGUUCCAGCUGUUCAGUGUUUGCCUAUGGUUUGCUGAGGAAUACAUUGAAUAUUCUGUGGCCAUAAUAAUCAUGUCUGUGAUUUGCAUAGGCCUGUCUGUGUACACAUUAAGACAGCAAUCAGUUAAACUGCACAGACUAGUUGAAUCUCAUAAUAACAUCAAGGUUUCUGUAUAUGGAAAAGACAAAGGUGUCUUCUAUGAAGAAUCCUCAAACUUGGCUCCUGGUGAUGUAAUCGUGGUUGAAAGAAAUUCACUUCUCCCUUGUGAUGCAGUGCUUAUCAGUGGGACAUGUAUAGUCAAUGAAAGCAUGCUUACAGGUGAAAGUAUACCAGUAACAAAGACUCCUCUGGCAAAUACAGACAACACUGAGCCAUGGAAGGUUCACAGUGUACAUGACUAUAAGAGGCAUAUACUAUUCUGUGGGACUCAAGUCAUUCAAACUAAGUCUUCAGACUAUGUGAAAGCUGUUGUAUUGAGAACAGGUUUCAAUACAGCAAAAGGAGACCUGGUACGGUCCAUUUUAUAUCCUAAACCAGUUAACUACAAGCUAUACAGGGAUGCACUGAUAUUUCUUUGCAGCCUUAUUGGUUUGUCUUUGAUCGGGAUGGUCUAUGCCAUUUGCGUAUUUGCUUUGGAUGGGGCUGAAGCUGGAGAAAUUGUGAAGAAAGCUCUAGAUGUCAUCACUAUUGCAGUUCCUCCUGCUCUUCCAGCAGCUCUUACAGCAGGAGUAAUCUAUGCUCAGAAGAGACUUGAGAAAUCCGGCAUCUUCUGUAUUAGUCCUCAACGUAUUAACCUUUGUGGAACUGUGAACCUGUUCUGCUUUGAUAAGACUGGAACAUUAACAGAGGAUGGCUUGGACCUUUGGGGAAUUGUUCCUUCAAAUGGAUAUCGAUUUCAAGAUAUCAUUCCAAUCACAAGCGGCUCAUCGCUUUCCUGGGGGCCGUUAUUGGGAGCUAUGGCUUCUUGCCAUUCAUUGAUUUUGUUAGAUGGGAGCGUACAAGGAGAUCCGCUGGACCUGAUAAUGUUUGAGUUCACAUGCUGGAACAUUGAAGAAGCCACAGAAUGUAACUAUGAAGAAUCUAUGCAAUCCAUGACUGUGAAACCAGGUCCUGAGGCAACUAAGGUCACUAUUGAAGGUAUUGUCAUCCUGCAACAAUUCCCAUUCUCCUCGGGCCUGCAACGUAUGUCAGUGAUCACCCAAAUUCUUAAUGGGGAUGAAUAUGCUGUCUACAUGAAAGGAGCUCCAGAGAUGGUGGCCUCAUUUUGCAAACCAGACACAGUUCCUCUUAACUUCACAGAUGAACUGGAGCUUUACACAAAGCAAGGAUUUCGCGUUAUUGGGUUAGCAUACAAAAUAUUGGACAGAAGUGAAAAUAUUAACAUUAAAGCCUUAAAGCGGGAUGAAGUGGAAUGUGACCUAUCUUUCCUUGGCCUUCUGGUAAUGGAAAAUCGUCUCAAAUUGGAAACCAGACCAGUAUUAAAGGAGCUGUCUAAUGCCAAUGUGAGAACCGUCAUGAUUACAGGUGACAAUCUGCAGACAGCUGUAACUGUUGCUAAAAACUCUGGCAUGAUAAGUGGAAACAGCAAAGUGAUCUUGGUAGAUGCCAAGAAGCCCACUGAAUCUAGCUUGGCCUCUAUUACAUGGACUGUUGUACAAGCUGUAAAACAAAAAAAUUUCGAAGAAGUGGACAUUUAUAUAGAGCUUCCUGAUAAAUCUAAACAGGAUAAAGAAAAGCAGCCUUAUUAUUUUGCAAUGACUGGAAACACUUAUGAAAUUAUUUUGAAUCAUUUUAAUCAUUUGCUACAAAAGAUACUCAUAAAUGGAACAAUUUUUGCCCGGAUGUCUCCAGGGCAAAAAUCAAGCCUUGUUGAGGAAUUCCAAAAAUUAGGGUAUUACGUUGGUAUGUGUGGUGAUGGUGCAAAUGACUGUGGUGCCCUGAAAAUGGCUCAUGUUGGAAUUUCUUUGUCUGAACAAGAAGCAUCGGUGGCUUCCCCGUUCACUUCACACACUCCAAAUAUUGAGUGCGUCCCACGACUUUUAAAGGAAGGAAGAGCUGCUUUGGUUACCUCCUUUUGUGUUUUCAAGUACAUGGCACUGUACAGCAUGAUCCAGUACAUUGGCGUGCUGCUACUUUACUGGGAAAAAAAUUCUUAUGCAAACUAUCAAUUCCUUUUCCAAGACUUGGCUAUAACUACAAUCAUUAGUGUGACAAUGAGCUUGAAUCAUGCCUAUCCAAAGCUUUCCCCCUAUAGACCACCGGCACAAUUGGCCUCUCCUCCUCUUCUCCUGUCCGUAAUACUUAACAUUAUCCUCAGUCUCAUUUUGCAAAUAUGUGGCUUUCUGAUAGUACAAAACCAGAUAUGGUACAGUUCAAGUGACAUCUAUAGUGCCUGUAGACCAGCUAAUGGGAGUUACUCCAAUACCACAGAUAGAAGUGAAUAUAUUCUGCAGCCACAGGACCCGGCUGUGAGGACUGAAUACCAGAGUUAUGAAAACUCCACUAUUUGGUAUUUGGGAACUUUAAACUGUUUAAUAAUCGCUUUUGUAUUCUCAAAAGGGAAGCCAUUCAGACAACCUAUCUAUACCAAUUAUAUAUUUGUAAUUGUACUUCUAGUCCAGUUUGCAGUAUGCAUUUUUUUUCUAUUUGCAAAUAUAUCUAAUUUAUAUCAGGCUUUGGAACUUGUAUGUACACCCCUCCUGUGGAGAGGUUCUAUAGUAAUUAUGCUGCUAAUUAUAUUAGGAGUUUCAUAUGUUUGUGAGGAAACCCUGAUUGAGAACAUAACAAUUUGGAACUUGCUAAAACGUCUGACUAACUAUAGAUCAAAAAGUCUGUAUAAGAAGCUACAGCACUUAUUGUCAAGAGACGCUGAGUGGCCUCCACUUAACCAUAAAGAAGUUUCAAUUCCUACAGACAUAACACUAACAAGUGAACAGGGAGAAUAUGUGAACCCAGGUUUUGAAAUAGAUGAGAAUGUAUGACAAUAGUGGCAAGCGGUUUAUUGGCUUUACUUUUGUAAACAUAGGUGUAAGUUUUUAAAAAUGCUCAAGUUUUAUAAAAUACUAGCCAAACAGUCUACUAAAGGGGCUGUGCAGUUUGGGAAACCAAUUUUUACAUACAUACAGAAUGUCCGUAUUGUGGACAGGCUCUUCCUGCCAUCUUCGUAAUAAGGGACCCCUCUAGCAUGUAGGACAUGUCUAAAGCAGAUAACCCCUUUCAUCAAACAUUAGCAUUUUAAUUAUUAAAAAAGAAAUGAAUAAGAUACAGCUCACCGUAUCCUAAAUCUGUGUGUAGUCACAGACUCUAACUCCAAGUGCACGGAAAAGGCAAGCAGCCUUGUUG